AAUCUGUGUCAUCACCUUGGCAGAAGCCCAUCCUCUUCUUCAAAGUGGGAAAACAAUUAAAAGCAUUAAUUACCAAAUCAGUGCCAACUGUAGCAGACUCCAGAAUAAGGUUUCUGGGAAGUCAAAAAGGGGAGCUCAGUUUUUAACAGAACUUGCCCCUCUGUGUAGGAUAUCUUCAUCAGAUGGAGAAGAAUACACCAUUUACAGUUGUAUACGGGGGCGGCUGAUAGAAGUGAAUGAAAACAUUCUUAGCAAUCCCACUAUUCUGCAAGAAAAGCCAUCGACUGAAGGGUACAUCGCAGUGGUUCUACCCAAAUUUGAAGAAAGCAAGAGCAUAACUCAAGGACUUCUGACACAGAAGGAGUACGAGGAAGUGUUGUUGAAACGCCGUAAUUCUUCUUCAUGA